CAGUGGUGUUGAUGGUGGUGGUGGUGGUGAUGGUGGUGUUGUUGCCCCCCAGUUCACCUUCAGACCCGUGACGCCCAUCUGGAAGGGAGAGGCGGAGGAGGCGCAGAAGGAGUGAGCGUGUAGAGUAGGGAGUGUGCGGAGGGACAGAGAGAGGAAAGAAGAAGUGCAUGGAGGAGAAUGUGACUUCGAGCGCGACUUCGAGUGUGACUUCGAGUACUGCAAGGAUCGGAGGGGUGUCGGCGGUGGGUCUUGCGCGCGUGGUGUCGGGGCGGGAGUGACGACGAGGAGGAUGACCCGACGACCCACAGAGCCCGACGAAGAGGACCCGCUGUCGCUGUGACCACGAACUCCCGCCCGGCGUUGUUGUUGUUGUUGGCCGCCACGUUCUUGUUCUCGUUGUUGCUGUCGCUGGUGUCUUCGUCGCUGCCGCCGCCGCUUAGCAUAACAAGCCUAUGACAUCAGCCAUGAACUUUCUCCCAGAUAUAAAGAAGCGUGUGAAGAAAGGAGGGGGGAGCCGCACCCUACCAUCAGCCGGGGGGACGCCCACGAGGGGGGUGGACAGCCCUGGAGGGGUGCGCGGCAGUACGCCCAUCGACCCCUCGGAGGCCAUCGGCUGGGCGGUGGUCAAGUAUAAUUACCAGGCGCAGCAGAUGGAUGAGCUGUCCCUGGUGAAAGGCACUCGAGUCCUCAUCCUGGAGAAGAGCAACGAUGGGUGGUGGCGGGGUCACUACAACAACCUGGUGGGAUGGUUCCCCUCCAACUACACCACGGAGGAGCCGGCGGAGGAGGACCACACCUACACCAUGGCCGAGAAUGUGCUGGACGUGGUGGUGGCGCUCUACUCCUUCACGGCACAGAACGAACACGAGUUGUCAUUCACCAAGGGGGAGCGCAUGGAGGUGCUGGACCGGCCGCCCUCGGACCCGGAGUGGUACAGGGCCAGGAACACGCAGGGACAGGUCGGGCUCAUCCCAAAGAACUACGUGCAGGAGCUCCAUGAGGUGGUGGACGCUCGCACCCCCAGGUCCCGGGAGCCCUCACAGACCCGGCAGCUUCCCCCGCCCGGCCCCAGCAACAGUGCACACCCCCCGGCCACCAAUGGGGGCGCCCACAACGCUGAGACGCACUUGGCACAGGGUAUGCAGGGGAUGAACAUCAACGCGGCAGCCCCCACCCCGCCCGCCCCGGCCAUGUCCGUGGGUAACGUCUCGCAGGACAAAGGCCACUUCACCACCCGGGACUGGUACUACGGCCCCAUCACGCGCGCCCAGUGUGACGACAUCCUCAACCAGCGUGGCCAUGAUGGGGACUUCCUCAUCAGGGACUCGGAAACAAAUGUUGGUGACUUCAGCGUGUCCUUGAAAGCCGCUGGGCGUAACAAGCACUUCCGAGUCCACGUGGAGAACGGCCUGUACUGCAUUGGCCAGCGGAAAUUCCAAAACCUGGACCAGCUUGUCGACCACUACCAGCGUUCACCUAUCUACACCAGCCAGAAGGGGGAGAAGCUCUACCUGAUCCGGCCGUUGCCCAAGCCAUAAAUACACUUUCUAGCGUCUUAGUAAUGCCGUAAGAAGUAAACAAGUUGUCCCCCUCUCGCCCUACGCCCCAAACAAACAGUGCCGGAAAGAUAUCAAUAGCCUCCGCCCUCGCCUCGACCGCCGUUUUACAUGAACAGCGAUAACCCCACCACAACAAGGACUAAGGAGUUACAUGCAUCUGUUUACUGUUUUCAUCGGUAACAGAAACAGGAGCUAAAACCUGACCUCUGUACUGAGUGUGGGUCCAUCGAGGGGGGCACACGGCGGUGGGUCUGUUUGCCGCGAUGUUCCCGGCUCAAGACGAUGACCUCCUGGCGUCCUCACCCACCCAGCCAUUAGUUCUUCCUUGAUCGUACUAAAAAAUAAAAUACUGUGAAUCUAUUUUAUCUUGUCAAGGCAUUGGAUAGAUUGUAAUUUUAUAUUCAUCACAUGCAUUACUAGUAUAACGUAAAUCCCUAAAACGCCCCGUCUCACCCUGCCCUUCAAGCCCCCGCCCCACCCCCCCCGUUCGCCAUGUAACCAGUGACGGAAGCAGCUGUUUGUCGGCUGCUGCGUAACCACAAUGCUCGGGGUGACAGGACGAAGGACGCUUUGUCGUGUCACUCUAUCAAUCUUAACAGGACAGUGAUGAUGAAGAAGAGAAACCCAAGGCAACUACUAUGUAAGAAAGCUGUGGAAACUAUAAGGACUUUCAUACUUAAUGCUCUGUGUGUAGCUGUAGCGAGUAAUACGACAUACGUACGUACAUACAAUCCGAGUCGUGCUGUCCUCCCUACUGGAACGACUGACCACUUUCGUUCGUCACGUCGCCGCUCGGCCUUCGGUGGAUUGCAGUCUUGUCGGUGUGCUUGGAAUUCUGUGCUGUCGGUCUUGUGCUAAAGGGUCAUCGCCACACCACCAUAUAGGGCAGCUUGGUCUCUCCUGGUCCAGUGGUCUCGUGUCAAAGGAAUGGACGCAACUCCGGACUUUUUCAUCGCGAGUCGGAACUUUUUUUGUGGGCGAGCGUCGGAGAUCUGUACUACACGAAGACUGUAAACGUUGGAGUCUACGGUGUUGCAAUAGAGGAGAGGUUCUUGUCAGCAUAGAUGUUUGUUGUCCUGUUGGUGGAUGUUUUCUUGAGAGCGUAUAACCUUUGUGAGCGAGCGAGAGUGAGCGAGUGAGAGAGAGAGAUGAUGCUUCUUUUUUGAAAAACCCCGCGAACGUAUGUGUGUGCGUGUGUUUGUCUGCGAUUUCCACGAGCAGUGAUAACCCCGCUGUAACCAAACAGGACUGAGGAAUUACAUGCAUCUGUUUACUGUUUUUAUUGAUAACAGAAACAUGAGGCAAAACGUAUUUACUGUACUGAGUGAAUUAUCUGUUUCAAGCACUCAGGGUGGAGCAAUCGUCAGCAGCAGGAAAGACUCAGACCCACAGACAGACAUGACACAGACACACGAGAGGUAAGAAGGAGAGGAAGGAAAAAGGAAGAGAAAAGAAGAAAAAGAGGGGAAGACAGUGAAUUAAAAAAGUAAAAAAGAAGGGAUGAAAAGAAGAAAAAUGAGAGGAAGGAGAAAAGGAAAGGAAGGAAAGAAGAAAAGACAAGAAAAAGAGUUAAAGGAGAGAAAGAAAAUGGUUUAGAAAAGUAAGAUAAAGGAAGGAAGGCAAAAAGAAAAGGAGAUAAAAAAGAGUAAAAUACAGGAAGAAAAUGGAUCAAAAAGAAAGAAAGAAGGAAAGCAAAGAGGAAAGAAGGAACAAAGAAAAAGGAGGAAAGAAGAAGAAGAAGAAGGAGGUAGCUAGUGGAAGAAGGAGAAGGAAGAAAGGAGGAGGAAGUGGAAGAAGAAGAUGGUAGCUAGUGGAAGAAGGAGAAGGAAGAAAGGAGGAGGAAGUGGAAGAAGAAGAUGGUAGCUAGUGGAAGAAGGAGAAGGAAGAAAGGAGGAGGAAGUGGAAGCAGAAGAUGGUAGCUAGUGGAAGAAGGAGAAGGAAGUGGAAGAAGAUGGUAGCUAGUGGAAGAAGGAGAAGGAAGUGGAAGAAGAAGAUGGUAGCUAGUGGAAGAAGGAGAAGGAGGAAACGAUGAUAUUAAAAAGAAGACAGACUCACACUAACAGUAUUAACCCAGCACUGAGGCAGCCGACUAUCACUCCUGCUGCUGAUGAUGAUUCUAUGUCACCACCGAGAUGCUUCAGCCCUUAAAAAGUCUUAGGUGGGAAGGUGUGCGUAUGUGCGUAUGUGUAUUGCCUCUAAGUGUACAGAACCAAUCAUAUCGUCUAUUGGUUGGUCACUUUCCCUAUACUUGUUUUUUUUCUUCUCCCAUUUUUCAACUCCUAUUUUUUUACAUAUAUAUUUUUUUCACCGGUGGAUAUGCUCACUCUUCUCCGAGGUUUCAUCACGUUCGCAUGACAACAAGGAAAGACUAUUAUGAUAUUGUAUUUUUAAGCGUAUAAUGCACACUGACGAUUCUUGGUUGGUGGGUAGGCGUGAGUGUGUGUCCGUGUGCGCGUGUGUGUGUGUGUGUCCAUCUGUUUGUCUGUCCCUCGUGUAAGGUGUCUUGGGAGCGAGAGAAUGUGUUUAUUUUCUCUGAGGCGACUGGAGAAAUAACUUAGCUGGUAUAUGUAUGAGAAAAAGAUGGUGUUUCUCAAUUUUGUACACGGCAGGUUUUUUAUGAAUUAGCUUUUAGUCCCAAUAAUGCUUCUUACUCCUACUAGUCAGUAUAGCCUCAAAGACGUGUCACAUUAAUAGCUAUCAUCGCAGCUUUUCUCCCUCAGUUGGUAUCUAAAAGUAUAUAGAAAGUGUAUAAUAUAUCCAAGAAAAUAAACCUUUAGUCAUGUUUGAGAGUUGCAAGAGAGCUGGAAGCCUUCUAUUUUCUUCUUUUUUUUGCAGAUAUUUAACCUUUUGUUUACGUACUGUUAGCUUUGUUGCAUCACGCAUGCCUUUAAAAGUGUCUGAUGAUUUUUUCCGUACCCUUAAGUUCGCAUUUUGUUAAAUUAUAUACUUCGUGUGCCCAGUGAUUGUGGUGAAGACGUAUGAUUGACAACACCCAUGAUUUGAAGGAACUCUGAUUUUUUGGCUCAUCGUUCAUUUUUUGUCUCUUUUGGGAGUUGCUUUUCAUAUUCUCCUCUUUUUGCCGCACAAGAAUCUCACGCUGAAUGUUUCCUUGAGGUGGUGUGGAAGCGUUAGCCUGUGAGUGCUGUGUGCUUGGUAAGUGCUAGUCAUAAGUGUGACCACCAAUAUGGAAUUCAGCGCCGUGCUAUUAAGCAGCCCAGACAGAGCGUCAGUCAGGUUCCAGCCUUUCACACACUUUCAUUGUUAUUGCAACGAUAUUGUGUAGCCUGCCACUGUUAGUCCCUGCUUUCCCCCAUAACCAAAGAUUGUCCAGUUCGGAUCUUCCUGAAGGUGUGCUUGAAACUGUAGGGCUGUCGCCUCGCCCCACCACCCCCGGCGGAUGGUCGGGGCCUGGGCGACGCAAGGCUCUGUUGCUGCCGUUCAUACUGGUCGAGAGUUAAACGAAAACCUGUCCCUCCCCUCCGGUCCCUCUGGUUCGUGUACGCCGCCGCCGGCCACCCAGUCUAAAACAUUUCUUGUAUUGGUGCUCCUCCUUCCAAAAAACUCCUUGGCGCUCAAAUUGCCCCCCCGAGGGAUUAAGGCACUCCCUCGCGUAGUUGUGAACCAGAGGCAAGGUCUGGAUAGAUUUUGAGAUAAUACUCCUCUUUGUAUGAUAACACUGUUGAUAUGCAGUAACCAUUUCCAGUUCCCUUCCCUCCCAUCCCUGCCCAGCCCAUCCCACGCCCCAACAGUACAUGUCUGUGCUUCAAGUGUCACGCCGCCUCUGCCGCCCCUUCCCCCUCGGCUCCUUUUUAUACCUCCGGCCGGGCCUCUGUCGACUGGGUGAAUGACUGGAUGUUUUGGUAGCUCUGUGAGGCGCGCGAGGCCAGUGCACAAGGAUCACGCCCGCCGGUGCAAGGGGGCGGCGGAGGCGGUGUUGCUCCCCAGUAUGAAAUUAAGUCACAAAGUCGGAUUAAUUUGGCGGCUAGUUAAUAGUGGACUGAGUAGUUCAUGAUGGACUGUCCAGGGAAAGACUUGGAGAUGCUCAGUGUUGCCACUCAUUUAUACUUUUAUGUUUGUACAAAAUGUAACUACCUUAAAAUUUUUACAAAAUA